AUGAAAGAGGAGCGCGAUACUACCACUACGACGACGACGACGACGACGACGUGGGAGCAAUUGGGACUGGACGAGCGGCUGAUUCGUUCGUGCGUGUCCCGGAAUUUGCUUCGGCCGACGCACGCGCAGAUCCGGUCGAUACCGCUGACGUUGAAAGGUUUGGACGUGUCGUGCAGAGCGCACACCGGGAGCGGGAAAACCUUGGCGUAUUUAUUGCCGAGUUUGCACAAGGUUUUCUUGCAAGAGAAGAAGAAGAAGACGAGCAGGGAGAAGACGACAAAUCCGAGAGUGAUUGUUUUGGUGCCGACGAGGGAGUUGGCGACGCAGGUGAGGAAAGAGUGUCAAGAGAUUUUGAAACACUGCGGCGACGACGAUGAAAAGAAAUACCGCGUCGGGGAGUUACCGCAAGGUUCGAGCGCCUCCGCGGCGGUUCGAGAAGCGGCGAGGAACUGUCCGGACGUGUUGGUGUCUACGCCGGCGCGCGUGGCGCAAUGUCUGAAGGAUAAACUCUUCCCGCCGAAGAGCGUAAACGGCGACGGGUUAGAGAUGAUGGUUUUAGACGAGUGCGAUUUGUUGUUAUCGUUUGGCCACGAGAAAGAUAUCAAGUACAUAUUCGAGAGGUGUCGAGAAGGCGUGCAGACGGUGAUGGUGAGCGCGACGACGACGAGCGAAGAGGUUGGGAAUUUGAAGUCGUUGUUGUUAUCGAAACCAGCCGAGGUGGAUUGCGACGACGUGGAAGAGAUGGAGCAGAAAGAAAGAGAAGAACGGGAGAUGAGGAAGGAGCUGAAGAAGAAAAAGAAACCGCUAAUCACCCACUUUGGUUUGGAGAUUAAAAAAGGGAAGAACGACAAGUUGUUGUAUUUAAUGGCGCUGUUACGUCUAGGUUUGUGUAAGAAGAAGAUUUUGAUCUUCGUGAAGGAUGCGGACGAAGCCGUGAGAGCGAGACUGUUUUUACAUAAGUUUGGCGUUUUGUGCGUGGCUUUGCACUCGGAGUUACCGGCAAAUUCGAGGGCGCACAUAUUAGAGGAGUUUAAUCGCGGCGUGCACGACGUGUUGGUCGCCGCCGCGGAGGACGAUAGCAGCAGUAAUAGUAGUAACGAUGGGAGUAACGCGAACGAAAAAGAAAACGCAAAAGAGGAAGAAGAGGAGGAAGAAGAACAACCAACGCGAAAAUCUAAAAAAGAAAGGAAGAAGGAGAAAGAAAAAAGGAACCAGGCGGCGAAGAAAGAUUCUGAAUUUGGCGUUUCUCGCGGCGUUGACUUUAAGAAGGUACACACGGUGAUUAAUUUUGAGGUUCCGAAGACGUUCGAGGCGUAUCAACACAGAGUCGGGCGAACGGGUAGAGCCGGCGCGACGGGCGUGGCGAUUACUUUUUUCGGUCCAUCGGACGAGGAAGCGUAUCACGUCUUAUUGAAGGGAUACGCCGAUGCAGCCGCAGUGGCGAAAGCGGCGGAAGCGAAGGAAGAGGACGAUGACGAGGAAGAAGAUGAACGAGAGGAAGAGGAUGUCGACGACUUUUUGAAACCGUUCGAGCGCCUUCCGAAAGAAGCUACGGAAGCGUUACGAUACAGAGCGGAAGAUACUUUACGCUCGAUUAGUAAAAGCGCGGUUAAAGACGCGCGUUUGCGUGAACUUCGCGUGGAACUCUUAAACUCCGAGCGUCUCGCGUCCCACUUUGAAGAAAAUCCGGACGACUUAAAUCUCUUGCGACACGAUAGCUCCAUUUCGAAAAGAGACGACGCAAACAAGCACUUGAGUCAUCUUCCUGCGUAUCUUCGCAACGCGAGUAAAAAGAAGAGGAAAAAGAACGCAAUCAAUGCGGUCGAAACGGAAGACGGGGACGAGGCAAAAUGGGCUGCCAUGCGGUUAGACGUGGACGUCGCCGAGUUUGGACAGAAGAAGAAACGCCGACGCAAAGAUAAGAGAGAAGGAGGAAAGCAGAAAAAGACUCGAGAAGAAGUAGGCGCGAAAGUGAAAAGAAAAGCGGGCCGGAAGCGCUCGCGUUAA